AUGCUUUUGCAGAGGAUUGGACGCGGGUCUGCGGUGCGUGUGGCAAAGCAGCAGGUUUUUGCCAAUAAAGGCGGGUUACGCUAUCAAAGUUCUGGCAAUCGACCAUUUUUGACAAAAAACAAGAUAGUUAACAUAAGUUCGCUAUUUAUUGGCCUUGGGCUCGGUAUUUAUGCGAAAAUUAGAUGGAGCUCGCAUGAUGAAUUACAAGUUUUCCCAGAACCCUCGACUACCCCGCUUAAUAGCGUUGGCCCGCCCAAAUAUGGCUCCGACGCAGAUUUGCAGAAGUGUGUCGUGGAGUUGAGGGAACUAUUGGGUAAAGAAUAUGUAAGAGACUCCGAGGCUGAGAUCGAACAUCACACGGAUAAUGGAUUCAACCCUUCCAAGCCACAACCAGAGCACAAACCUCGGAUUAUCAUUUAUCCGGGUUCAACUGAACAGGUGUCUGACGCGAUGAAGAUAAUCAGCCGAUACAAUAUCCCUAUCGUGCCCUUCUCGGGUGGGACUUCACUCGAAGGCCACACUUAUUCUACAAGGCAAGGUAUAGUUAUGAACACUUCAAGAAUGAACCAAAUUGUCAAAGUGAAUAUCGAUGAUCUUGAUGCAGUGCUCCAGGCUGGCGUCGGCUGGCAACAAUUGAAUGAACACUUAUCCGAAUUAGAAGGCGCCGAGAAUCUGAUGCUUGGCUGUGAUUGCGGCCCGGGUGCUCACGUUUGCGGCAUGGUCAGCACCAAUGCUUCUGGAAUUGGCGCCACGCGCUAUGGUUCUAUGGUAUCAAACAUAAUCUCUGUGACUGCAGUUUUAGCCGAUGGAACGGUUAUUAAGACAAAAAGAAGGCCAAGAAAGUCAAGCGCGGGAUAUAAUCUGACAGGGCUUCUUGCCGGUAGUGAGGGAACUUUGGCGAUAAUAACAGAGGUGACAGUUAAGUUACAGGUUAGACCGGCUCACGAGACCGUUGUUCUUGUUCAAUUCCCGACGCUGAAGGAUUCUACAAAUGCCGUAGCCUCUUUGUUUAAAAGUGGCAUUCAGCUCAACGCUGUGGAGUUUCUCGAUGCAGGAAUGAUGCAAUGCAUAAACUACAGCGAUCUAACUUCCAAAAAGUUUGAGAAUUAUCCUACUCUGUUAUUCAAAAUCGCCGGUCUCAACAAAAUAGUCGUUACGGAGUAUGUCAAAGAAGUCAAGAAAGUUUGCCAAAAUAGUAACUGUCGUAUGUUCGAAUUCGCACGCGAUGAAGUUGAGGCGGAGGAAUUGUUUUCUGUCCGCAAAAAUGCACUGUACGUGAUGCUCGAUUAUGGAUAUAAUGAGAUAAGUGAAGACGCCAAGAUGUGGGUUACGGAUUUUGCGGUGCCACUGUCACGACUUGCUUCGACUUUAGAGCAGGCCGAUAAACUUAUGGAAGCUUAUCCUUUAAAGCAUUUGACUUUGGGACAUGUAGGAGAUGGCAAUUUCCAUCUCGACAUAUUUUACUUACCAGAACAAUAUGAGAUGUGCAAAAGGGUGGUUGACAAAUUAGCAGUCUUGGCUUUAGAAAAUGAAGGUACUUGCUCGGGCGAGCAUGGAAUUGGAUUCGGUAAGAGAGCCAUGCUGGAAGAUGAACUGGGCGAAGCGACUAUUUCCGCAAUGAGAAAGCUAAAAAUGGCGCUGGACCCUAAGCGGCUGCUCAAUCCGGAUAAAGUGUUCAAAAUUGAUCCCUUGGAUUCGAGCAAAGAUUAA